AUGGCGAGUGCAAACGCUGUUAUAUCAGGGCAUGGCGUCCCCGACAGAGGGCCCUCCGUCUUCGCCGUCUCAGUCGCGACCCUCGUCCUGGCCACCGUCUUCGUCGUGGCCCGCUUCAUCUCCCGCGGCCUCAUCGUGCGCAACAUCCGCUGGGAUGACAGGGUCAUGGGCCUGGCCUGGGUCAUCGCCGUGUUCCUGAGCUCGGUGAUUGCACUCGGCACCGCAAACGGCUUGGGACGGUACGACAGGGACAUUGAGCCUUCCGAUCGGGGCACGCUGAGGCGGUGCGAGUAUGUCUUCAGUAUCCUAUACAAUCCGGCCCUGAUGGCUACCAAAUCCUCGGUUCUCAUAUUCUACCUCCGCCUCUUUAAGAACACGCAGUUCGUGCUCAAAUACUGGAGCUGGGCCUUGUUGGGUGUCAUCAACCUUGCAGGCAUCAUCUUGACGUUCCUCAACAUCUUUCAAUGCAGUCCUGUGUCGGCGGCUUGGAACCCCUACUACGAAGGCGAGGUAAAAUGCCUGCCUCUUCUCACCGAGUUCAUCUGCUCUUCGCCCAUCAACAUCGUCACCAACCUGUGUCUCCUCUUCCUUCCAAUACCCGUCCUCACUGGAAUGCGCCUACCGACCCGCCAAAAAGUGGUCGUGGUCCUGCUCUUCAGCUUGGGCAUCUUCGUCACGGUUGUGGAUGUGGUCAGGAUCUACUUUCUGCAGUCUGCGCUCUCCGAUUUGCCGUCGAGACCGUCGGGUGACCUGGGAUCGACGUUUGGCGGGCAAGAGAACUUUGCCUACAACGCCUCGCUCUCGUUCAUGUGGAGCGCUGUGGAAGUCAACGUCGGCAUCACUUGUGCCUGCAUUCCGACCUUGAAGCCCCUCAUCCUCAAGCUGCUCCCCGCGAUGCUGUACGACCCGGACCGCAGCACAUCCACCAUGUCGAAGCGAAGCGAGGGAGACUCGCGUCAACGAAACGCUCGGCGAACCACGCCCGAGAUUGCCGCACCUCCUGCAGUCGUGGUGCACGAGCAUCGCAGUAACGACGCACCCGACCCAGAGCCACCUGGGCAACAGCGACGAGACUCCCGUAGCAGCGAAGAGAUGACGGCCAUGGAGUUCCUCUCGACGCCGGACAUGUUGUCCCCCGUGCAACGGAUGCACACCCACGCAACGGCCCGCACGUCCACGACGACUGAGAACGCAGUCUACUUUGGUUUCGUCAACAUGGCCAAGCCCAAGAGCAUGUUGCAGACCUCGGCGCACGAGUCAUUCAAGUAUUGCAGCAUCGUGUCCAUCCUUUUCCUUCUCUGGGGAAUCUCAUAUGGUCUAUUGAACACCCUCAACACGGUCGUUGCCACCAUUCACGACUACUCCUCUGCAGAAACUCUAGGACUCACCGCUGCCUAUUUCGGGGGCGGUUAUUUCUUCGGCCCUCUACUUGUGGGCGAGUGGAUCCUGCGGAGAGAUGAGCACAAUCGCUCCAGGCGUCACAAGAAGAACGAGUUUGAGAACGUGGGCGGUUUCAAGGUGACCUUUAUCGUCGGCCUCAGCAUCUACGGCAUCGGAACCAUCAUCUUCUGGCCAUCUGCCGUCACGGGGUCGUACGGCGGCUUCAUGUUCUCCAACUUCAUCGUCGGCUUUGGGCUGUCGGUCCUCGAGGUCGCCGCCAACGCUUUCAUCAUCCUCUGCGGCCCGCCCGAAUACGGAGAGACCCGACUACUGCUGGCGCAGGCUGUGCAGGCCACCGGGUCCGUCCUGUCAGGCCUCCUCGCGAACAAGGUCUUCUUCGAUGCCGUUGGUCGAGCCGGUUUCGCCACAACGGCAACACUUAUCGACGUCCAAUGGACCUACCUGGCCAUCACGCUUCUCUGUGCCGGCCUGGCUCUGUUCUUCUACUACAUGCCUCUCCCCGAAGUCAGCGACGAGGAGCUCGAGCAAUCAGCGAAACGGCUGCCCAUCGACUCACAAAAGAAGACGUCCGUGGGUCUACAGCUGCGCACCGUCAGCCUCAUCCUCGCCGUUCUCGCGCAGUACUGCUAUACCGCGGCCCAAGAAUCGAACAGCUUAUUCUUCCGUGAUCUCGUCGAGUCGGUACUGCCCGGUGCCGACAGUGAUCAAAGCGCCGCGCAAGACCCCACGGGCACGGCGGACCCUCAGAAACCACCUGGCAGCGCCAUGUCGGUGUCGGACUACCUCCUCAUCGCGCACGCUGCCUUCGCCGUGGCGCGAUUCUUCGCGGGCGGCCUCACCUAUCUGUCCGUGCACCAUCGCCGUCUCCCCCAACCGCGCACGAUCCUCACCAUCUUCCUGGGCAUGUCCUUCCUCUUCGCCCUCCUGACCGUCGUUCUCAAUCCGUCCGGCCCUAACGCCAUCGUCAUCCCCGUCAUCCUGUUCUUCUUCGCCGAGGGCCCCAUAUGGCCUCUCAUUUUCUCCAUCGGCCUGCGGGGUCAAGGUCGUCGCACCAAGCGCGCCGCAGCAUUCAUCACCAUGGGUGGCUCCGGCGGCGGCGUCGUACCCUUCAUCAUGUACGGCAUCAUCACGUCGGGCGGCUCGACACAGCUGAGCUACGUUGUCAUUGUUGUCUUGCAGGUCAUCAUGAUAGCGUAUCCCAUCUUCCUCGAGGCCAGCCGCGACGCACGGGAGAUGGUCCGGCCGCGGAACAGCAUACGCUCCAGGACGCGCUCGUCCAGCGAUGAGCAGGAGACCUCUCACACGUCAGAUGAACUUGUGGCGCCAGAACACCGCGAGAAGGACAAGCACAAUGGAAUUUGGGGGAAAUUGGGGCGAAAGUUGCAUGGGUCAAACAACAGUCCGCCGCCGCCUGCCACUGAUACCCAUGGGCAACGCCGCGAAGAAGCGCAGCAGGAGUCGGAGGAUAUUGAUUUCAUCACGUCAGCUAUAUAA